GUGUGGGAAUAAAGUACCAUUUUCAUUCCAAAUCAUGGCAUCUCCAUCAAGGUUGCUUUUAUGCUUGUUGCUUAUUUAUUCUACCUUUAAUCCAUUUCACCUGCUUAGCCCAUGGCUGGAUUGGAAAUCCCCUGGUAACAUAAAGAUUUACCAUGAUCUACAAUGCCCGGAUCCCAGUGAAUAAGAACAUGACCUUCCACGAGAAUGGCUAUUUCCUCCGAUAAGACUCGGUCGGAGGUUUCAGAGCAAAUCGGCUUUAGAUCAAAGGUGGAAGCCAUAGAACAGAGAGUGACACAGAAGAUGGGGUAUGAGAUGAUCCUGAUAAAGAGCUUGAAGCGGAUGGAGGCGCGGAAGCUCGGAUUGGCUUUGCUUGUAGGAUUCUGCGUCGGCGUAGUCGCCUGCUUCAUUUCCAUGACGGUGUCUACAGCCAAACAGCAGCUAUCUAAUCUGCCUUACGUGGUUAAUGCGUCUCCGGUGGCAGAGAGCAGCAACUAUUCACAGAGAUCAGGUCGAGGACGUGGCGCAGAGGGAAGCAACCCAAGCAACGAUGGCGCUACCAGAACGAAUCAGACUUCAUCAUCGACAAGAGACGACGCUCUUUCCGGUGGACAGACCAAGGGCAGUAAUCUGGAGUCAGAAGGCGAUAAGAAGACGGAGGCCAGACAACCAAGCAAAAACCAGAAGGAAGAGAUCAUUGAAUCCAAACAACCAGAAGGCGAUAAGAAGACGGAGGCCAGUCAACCAAGCAAAAACCAGAAGGAAGAGGUCAAUGAAUCCAAGCAACCAGAUGGACCAAGAAUCAGUAAGUCCACGAAGUCCCUGACGAAGGCGGCUUGCGAUCUCUCCAAUCCGAGAACUGAUGUCUGCGACAUGGAAGGCGAUGUUCGAAUCCACGGGAAGUCUGCCUCUGUAGUUCUUGUCACCGAUCGCCGACCUCGCAAAUCAGGAAGAACGAAGUCGUGGCGGAUCAAGCCUUACGCUCGCAAGUUCGACAAGGCCGCCAUGGCGCACGUCCACGAGGUUUCGGUAAGAGUGUCGAAUGGCCUCGGAGGCAUCCCCGCCUGCAGCACGAACCACAGCGACCCGGCCAUCGUGUUCGCGCUCGGAGGAUACACCGGAAACUACUACCACGACUUCACCGACGUACUCAUUCCACUGUUCAUAACCUCGCGACGGUUCGACGGAGAGGUUCAAUUCGUCAUAGAGACCACUAACCUGUGGUGGAUCUCCAAGUACGAGCAGAUUCUUCGAAGUCUGUCGCGGCACGAGAUCAUCUUCUUCAACAACGACGACCGAGUCCACUGCUACCGACGUGUGGUGGUCGGCCUCCAUAGCCACAAAGCCCUGUCCAUCGACCCCACGAGAGCUCCGAACGGGUACUCCAUGGUCGACUUCACGAAGCUCAUGAGGGUCGCCUACUCGCUCGAGAGGGAUUCCCCGAUCAGACCGGGAGGAGCCGGGGCCAAGAAGCCGAGGCUGCUACUCAUCUCGAGGCAGGGCAGUCGAAGGUUCACCAACUUGGGGGAGAUCGUAAGGACGGCCGAGGAGUUGGACUUGGAGGUGGUGGUGACAGAGGCCAAGAUGGGGAGUAACGUCGCUGACAUCGCCAGGGUGGUGAACUCCUGCGACGUGAUGAUGGGGGUGCACGGCGCCGGGCUCACCAACUUCGUGUUCCUGCCGACCAACGCAGUGGUGAUUCAGAUAGUUCCUUUCGGCAAGCUGGAAGACAUCUCCAGGGCAUGCUUUGGAUACCCUUCCCAGGACGCAGGCUUGCACUACCUGGAAUACAGUGUGAGCGAGGAGGAGAGCAGUCUGACAGAGCUGUACCCGAGGGACCACGCCGUGUUCAGGGACCCCAAGUCCAUUCACAGGCUGGGAUGGAUCAAGAUGGGGGAGGUGUACCUGGACAAACAAAACGUGAAGCUUGACGUCGACAGGUUCCGACCUCUACUGCUAAAAGCUCGUCAACUUCUCCAUCAAUAGCAUGGCCGAGGGAUCGCAUUAAUGCUGCAUGGUGUAAGAAGACAUUCAUUUACGAUUCCCUUCUUUCUGGCUUUUUAAUUUGGCGACACUAGGAAGACAGGUUUUACACUGUAGAUAGUAGCCAUCCUUACAAUAGGAUAGUAAACACGAGCAUGAUGACAAUUCCUUUAUGAAUAUAGACUGCACCAAAUAUUCAUUGA